UUUACCCCCAUCCAUGACGAGAGGGGGAGGGAGGAGGGUACAUACCGGACACAGACGGAGAGAAUUGUGUAGAGAGAGAAAGACACAAAAAUAUAUAUACAUAUAUAUAGAGAGAGAGAGAGUGAAAAUUUCGAGGAGAAAGAGAGACGGUGUAUGUAUCAUGUAUGUAUGUAUGUACGUGUCGCCGCGGGUUGAGAGAGAGAGGAGAGAGAGAGUGGGGAAGAACUAGGAGCGGAAGAGAGAUAGAUGUCUGGUAGUUGUAGUGGGAAAUAGGGGGCAAAACUCGGCAACCCCUCCUUUUUUAAAGCUUCUCCGGUCUUCUUCUUGUCGGCAACUUUUCCGGCCACUUUUGCUUUUCUCUCUCACCGGAACCUUCCAUUUUCCGGCGUUAAUUGGCCGGAAAAUAACUGACAGCAAGUUUCAGACCUUGUUGAUUCUUUUGACUAAUAAUAUACGAGGCUUUACAUCAUUUCUCUUCUUUUUUUUUUUUUUUUUUUUUCAUGCUAUUUUCUCGGAAAAUCUCUGCAAAACUCUUCUUUCUCAGCUGAGAAAAUAUAGCCCAGACCACGGUUUGGUUUUCUGAUCUCCAUCUAUCCAUAUCCGUGUACUUGAAACUCCGAUUUUGGAGAUUCGCUUCCUGAGAUUGUGUAUUGUAUUGUAUUGUUUUCGCCGGAGACAGCGUUGGAGAGAUGAGCAGCGGGUGAGAGAUUUCGAACAUUUAAGUUUCCGGGGUGAGUCGCGAGGGAUAUAGUCCCCGGAAUCAGUAACUGAAGUUGCCGGCGAACGGCACCGGAGCUACUACGAUGACGGCGACCACGAAUCCCAGCGAAGGAGUGAGGAGCAUAAAUCCGGAGCUAUGGCAAGCCUGCGCUGGGCCACUGGUGGACUUGCCGGCGGCUGGGACCCACGUCGUCUACUUCCCACAAGGACACAGCGAACAGGUUGCAGCAUCUAUGAAGAAGGAUGUGGAUGCUCAAAUACCAAACUACCCAAAUCUGCCCUCAAAGCUAUUAUGCCUUCUGCACAAUGUUACGUUGCAUGCGGAUCCAGAAACAGAUGAAGUAUAUGCUCAGAUGACACUCCAACCGGUUCCUUCCUUUGACAAGGAAGCAUUGUUGAGGUCAGAUCUUUCCAUAAAGACAAAUAAACCACAAACAGAAUUUUUCUGUAAGACUUUGACAGCAAGUGAUACAAGCACUCAUGGAGGUUUCUCUGUACCUCGGCGUGCUGCAGAAAAGAUUUUUCCUGCCCUUGAUUUCUCUAUGCAACCCCCUGCUCAGGAACUUGUUGCUAGGGAUUUGCAUGAUAAUGUGUGGACCUUUCGUCAUAUCUAUCGUGGUCAACCAAAACGCCACUUGCUUACAACAGGGUGGAGCCUAUUUGUUAGUGGAAAGAGGCUUUUCGCAGGUGACUCAGUCUUAUUUAUUAGGGAUGAAAAGCAGCAGCUUCUCUUGGGUAUUAGACGGGCUAACAGGCAGCCUACCAAUUUAUCAUCAUCAGUGUUGUCAAGUGAUAGUAUGCACAUAGGGAUCCUAGCAGCAGCCGCACAUGCAGCUGCUAACAACAGCCCCUUUACUGUCUUUUAUAAUCCAAGGGCUAGUCCGUCUGAUUUUGUCAUUCCUCUUGCCAAGUACUAUAAAGCAGUAUGCAGCAGUCAGAUAUCCCUUGGAAUGCGCUUUCGAAUGAUGUUUGAAACUGAAGAAUCGGGAACAAGAAGGUAUAUGGGUACAAUCACAGGUAUUAGCGAUCUUGAUUCUGUGAGAUGGAAGAAUUCUCAGUGGCGAAAUUUACAGGUUGGUUGGGAUGAGUCAACUGCUGGGGAAAGGCGUAACCGAGUAUCAGUCUGGGAGAUUGAACCCGUGACAGCCCCAUUCUUCAUCUGCCCCACCCCCCCGUUCUUCAGAUCUAAGCAUCCGAGGCAACCAGGAAUGCCAGAUGAUGAGUCUUCUGAUUUUGAGAGCCUGUUUAAGAGGACAAUGCCUUGGCUUGCUGAUGAUACCCAAUCUCUCCCUGGCUUAAGUUUAUUCCAAUGGAUGAACAUGCAGCAAAACCCUUCCCUGGGCAACUCAAUACAGCCAAACUACUUGCAGUCCUUAUCAGGUUCUGUUCUGCAUAACCUUGCUGGAGCAGAUCUGACGCGUCAGUUAAGCUUGCCAGCAUCCCAAAUUCCUCAGCAGAACAACUUACAGUUCAAUCCCCAGAAGGUCUCUCAGCAAGCUCCUGUUGAUCAGCUCCAGAAGCUACCAGCUGCUACAUUGAACCCAUUAGCUUCAAUUACGCAGCCACAACAACAGUUGGCUGAUGUUACUCAGCAACCAAAGCAAAAUUUGAUUAAUCAAACCCUACCCUCAACGCAAGCUCAGGUGCAACUUCUGCAGUCACAGACGCUUGCCCAAACUCAAAAUAUUCUUCAGCAGCCAUCUUCUAUUCAAAACCUUCAGCUUCACAGAAACCUUCCUGAGAACCUGCUGCAUCAGCAACAGCAACAGCAACAGCAACAGCAACAUCAACAUCAACAAAAUAGGGGUCAGAACCAACAGCAUAACUUGAUGCCAUCCCAGCUUCCUGAGCAAGUAAACCAGUUGCAGAUGUCUGAUAAUCAAAUUCAGCUUCAACUUUUACAAAAGUUGCAGCAGCAACAGCAAGCCCUUCUAGCACAACAGUCUACGCUGCAACAGCCUCCUCAACUAACACAAGCGCAGGAUCAGCAGAGACAGCUGUUAGAUGCAUCUCAGUGCUUUUCUAAGUCUGCAAUGCCCAACCAAAUUAUGGAAAUGCCUGAAGCAACAGCGAACUCACUUCCUCAGUCACACAUUUUCACACCGCAGAUGACAAAGAAUAAUUGCCAAACAAAUGUUCGGUUAUCCUAUCCACCACAGCAAAUGAAGCUUCAACAGCAACAGCAACCUAGUGUGCUGGCAGAAUUGCCUGGGCAUGCAGGACACACCUUUUCUCCAAAGACAAAUCAUCUCUCUGCAGCUGGCAGCAGUUUAUUGGCAGGAGCUGGUGGGGGCCAGUCUGGGAUCACUGAUGACAUUCCAUCUUGUUCCACGUCACCUUCCACAAACAAUUGCCCAAAUUCAGGUCAACCAGUCAUGAACAGUAGGACACAUCGAAGCACGACCAUGGGGGAGGAGAUGACUCAGUCUUCUGUCACAUUUUUGAGUUCCAAUGGUAUGGAAACCAUGUCUUCUAAUGCCAACAUGGUUAAAGAUUUUCAGCAAAAACCUGAUAUCAAGCCUUUAUUGAAUAUCCCCAAGAGUCAAAACCAAGGAUAUCUUGCCCCACCAACAUACCUAAAUGCUGCUGGAGCCCAGAUGGAUUACUUGGACACUUCAUCUUCCGCAACUUCAGUUAGUGUUUCUCAUAAUGAUGUCCAUUUGCAGCAGAACAACAACCUAGUGUCUUUUAACCCCCAAUCAGUAUUGUUUAGGGAAACAAGUCAAGAAGUUCAAGGUGAUCCCAGGAACAAUGUUCCAUAUGGGGCAAACAUUGAUAGCCAGUUGGGUAUGCCCAUGAUUCCGGAGCCUUUGCUCACAAAGGGGAUGGUGGAUUCAGGGAAGGAUUUCUCAAAUAAUCUCUCUUCAGGACCCUGCAUGCUUGCUAACUUUGAAAACCCCAAAGAUACUCAGCCAGAACUUUCAUCUUCAAUGGUUUCGCAGUCAUUUGGGGUUCCAGACAUGGCUUUCAAUUCAAUUGAUUCCACAAUAAACGAUAGCAGCUUUUUGAACAGUGGUGCAUGGGCUCCACCACCCCAAUUUCAGCGAAUGCGGACGUAUACUAAGGUGUACAAGCGUGGAGCUGUUGGGAGAUCAAUUGAUAUUGCUCGUUAUUCAGGUUAUGAGGAGCUUAAACAGGAUCUAGCUCGUAGGUUUGGUAUAGAGGGACAGCUGGAGGACCGACAAAGAGUUGGCUGGAAACUUGUAUAUGUGGACCAUGAGAGCGAUGUCCUACUAGUUGGGGAUGACCCUUGGGAGGAGUUUGUGAAUUGUGUCCGUUGCAUCAAGAUACUUUCACCUCAAGAAGUCCAGCAGAUGAGCUUGGAUGGAGAUUUUGGGAACAGUGUCCUUCCAAACCAAGCUUGCAGCAGCUCUGAUGGAGGAAAUGUGUAAAUUAGCGGACGAAUUUUAGCUAUGUUAUCCCAAGUUAGAAGCUUAUUGAUAUUUAUUACUAUAAAUCUGUAUUUUGCUCCCGAUCUGCCGGACAAUUAGCCACUGCUAGCCUGGAUUUUUCUGUUUAAAAUGCAAAAUGGCAAGCUUAUAUCUGGAUGAGUGUGUAAGAAGUGAUCUUUUGGCGGUUGAAGCUUGUUCAAAAUUUCUGAAGUGCCUUGAAAGUAAAGCAGAAGGUGAGAGAAGUGGAGGAAAUGAGAAGCUUCAUCGCUGCUUGUUAGAUUAACACGCGGAUUAGUCCAAGUAUGGAAGGGAGUUACAAUCCCUCUGUUCGGAGAAGAACCCAGUCCGGCAGUAUGUUGGAGCUUUCCUGUAUGAUAUGCUUGUUGGGAGAUCAGUCGACGUUUUUUUUCCCUGCUGUUUAUUGAAAUUCUCUCAGGUGAAUUGUACGUAGAGAGUAAAAGCUCGAAAUUUGUAUGGCUUAGCUUAGAUUGUAUAGGUCUUCUAGCCCUCGAAUGAAAUUGGCUAUAAUGAAUUUCUGGAA